GGCUAGCUAGUUGCUAGUGAGUCGCGUGUGCUAUUUUUUUACGUGAGUAAUAUGUAUGUUGUCCAGUAUUUAAAGGACUACAUAGUAUACGUUGUGUAUGAACGCCAUACAAUGGUGAAUGGGUUUUGUCACAGUCGGUUGGACUUUGCAAAUCUACUCUGUUUUGCCAGUUAGCUAACGUUAGCUAGCGUAACUUCCGAUUUUUGCUUUCGCGGGUCAGUACAACAACAGCUUGCUAAAGUUGCAUGCAGAUGUUUGGCAAGUGUCACACUUUCACUUUCAAGAUGCCGAAUUCAAAUGUGUAUGUGAUGAAUUUAAGUUUGCAGUGUGCCUAUGCUUUCAUUUAGCCAUCGAGCUAGAGCAGGGGUGUAUACACUAGGAACGAAACGGAGAGGGACCUACCUGAAUGUGUCCAAUAUAGCAUCUUGUUUUCGCUGUAAAAAGUGUUCCGAUGCAAAGCGUGUUGGACUUAAUGAUUACACCCCAGAUAUAGUAGCGCUGUUUUGUUUGCGCAUGGUCACUGUGAACUGUAAUCUAUUGUGCAUGACAGUGCCAGGCUGCCUGCAUUAUGUCACUGCUUAGCCUUGUGGAUGAAGCCAUCAAGUUGUGUAAAGUAGAGGAGACCAAGAUAAACGAGAACAUCCUUCAAUACAGGGAGAUACUGCGCUCUUUGAGACCACAGCAAGAAGACGGCAAGGAAAUAGAACUGACAGAUGAUGUUGAAAAGGACCCAGAUGUCCAACUGGAGGAUAGACGGGAGAUGGAACUGCUGAAUCGAUUGCUGGAGAAGGCCCUCAGAGUUCGCGCUGGCACAGCACCCCAAAAAGACCCUCAGAACUGUCCAGGACCAAAGAAAGAACCAGUGGACAAUACACAGGGCAAGGGAAGGGCCCUGACCCCAGGUGGCAACAAAGGGAAUAAAAAUGGCAUUAAAACUACCUCCAAACCCAUCACGAUGGACAAAAAAGAGUCCAAAAAGUAUUCUGCCUCCCAUCUCUACAGGGGUGGAAGGGGGAGGAUGGGUCACCCUGUAGGUCAUUCAGGACAAGGCAGGGCAAGCAUGAUCAGAAGCUCUGUCCAGAUGCAGAAACGAUCUGUCGUGUCAAAGGGGUUUCCUCCCCAGUCCUCUGGGAAGGAAGUGAAGCAGGCUGGUCCUCCAAGUCCUGUGUCACAUGAUCAGGGUCAAUCACCACAGGCCUCAUCAGCACAUCAUCAGGUUGAGGUGUCCCACAGGUCAGCUGCAGCCACUUCCUUCCAGCCCCCUAACUGGGACACAGUGUCUGUUUCACACAUGGAGGGGAUGCCAAAAGCACAUGUAAUUUCACCUCCACAGAAUGGGGCUCCCACACAGUUGUUAACUAAAUGGACCAGUCUAAGGACCAAACAAAGCAGGUUAUGGGACAAAGUCCUGGCUCUACAAUCCAAACCUGUGUCGGAGAGGAGUCACUUCACAGAGAGAGUGAAAGCCACUUUCUCCAGAGAGUGGCCAACCAGUGGCAGCCCGGCCGACACCGGGGCUCAGGUGGACAGACUGACACAGCUCUGCACGGAUCUGAGUCAUUGCUACCAGAGCGAGCGGCUGCUGCUGCUGACUGGCCAGACCUUCAGAACCUCUGGCACUGAGCCAGCAACAUGCCAGAAGAGGGAAUAUGAGUCCUUGCUGAUGCUGGAAGGACUGGAGAAGAUGGUGGCAGACCUCCGGAAACAUGCUGGACAGCUGAGAAAAGAGCGGGAGGCAUGGGAUCGAUGGAGGAGGCUGAAGGGGGAAGGAGCUGGCGCGUUCUGCCCCGUCAGGAGUAAGGGCGAGUGGGGAGACAUGAGUGGGGUGACCCCCUUACCCGCCACCCUUACCUACACCAGCCAGGCAGAGCUCCAGGAGGUGGAGAGGCUGAGGUUGCGAGUGGAGCUGCUACAGCAGGAGGUGCACCUGCAUCAGGCUCUCUCUGACACCAUGGUCAUGCCCUCCGCUCCUGGACUUCCCAACCCUGCCGCGCUCCGUGACAUUUACUCCCUGCUUGGAGAGGGAGGGGUGAUGUUUCCUACUCUGGUUCUGGACACAGAACCUGACUAAAGGAACAGGUCAAAUGAACUGAACAGGCCAAAUCACCUGGGUCAUGUUUAUUAGGGCACACAAUGCAGCAGAAAACAAAUGAAAGUUUCUAAUUGGACAAGUCCAGGUAGCCUCUCCCUGUUUCAUUCGGUGUUCUUCCAUUUGGUGCCUAAUGAACACGACCAAGAAAGACUAUUGAAGAAUAGACUAAUGAAUGGUAUGUCUUAGGAGGGGACACUGAGAACAGAGGAAGAAGAAUGGAGAAUCUUCUGAAAAGAGGCAUUUUUGUGUGUUGGGAAUGUCAAUCUGUGUAUUUAUUUGGAGAGAUUGAGCAUUUUGGUUUUACAUUGUUCCUUUUGAAAAAUCUUGUAAGACUCCUAUAAUUAGAUUAAAUUAUUCAAAUGGA